AUGGGCGAGCGCGACAGCGCUUCGGCGCUGAGCAGGAAGCUGGAAGCUCUGACGGCGGGAUCCGUCUUUGCAGACAGAUAUGUUGUGGAGCACGAGUAUUCCAUUGGCUCCAAUGCCGCGGUGCUAUGUGCCAAGCAGACACUGGACAACUUCCCAGUGCUGAUAAAAUUCUGCGCUACCAGGGCAAUGUGCAGAAGAGAUAUUGAGAUGUACUCAGGUUUGUCUGGUCAGUUUGUUGCAAGACUUGAAGGCGUGGUGCAUUCUGAAGAUUCUGGAUUCCCAGAUGCGCUUGUGCUGCAGAGCGGAGCCUACACUCUUGAGGAUUGGUUGAAGGUGCAGAAGCCAACCAAGGGCGCAGUGCAGCUUGCAGUGCAUCAGAUUCUGGAAGGGCUGCAUGAGCUUCACAGGAACGGAAUUGUUCACCGUGAUUUGCAGCCCAACAACAUAAUGUUCUUCCCCGAAGAAAACAGGUGGAAGCUUGGCGUCCUGCGUCACUGGGCUCGCGAUGGGGAAUGCGGCCUUGUUGAGUACAACUUGAAGUACGUAUCGCCAGAGAUGUUGGCGGCACAUGCUUGCGGCAAGGCGCAAGUGCCGCUUGGUACGACAGCGGACAUGUGGUGCUUCGGAACAAUCGCAUACGAGCUUGCAACAGGAGUGGGAGUGUUUGGGCGUGGCACCAAGCCGUCGAAAAUGUGUCGGAUGAUUUUGGGACUCUCCAAAAUGCCAGAUCUGCGUGCUGUUGACGAUGUUUCCCUUCGGCGUCUGAUAUUCAAGACGGUCAGACAAAACCCGAAAGCCAGGUGGACAGCUUCACAAGCUCUUUCAGAAGAGAAGGACCAUGUGCACUACAAUCGAGGGAUGAUGGAAUUUCUUGAUGACCAGAUGAGGAAGACAGCCGACAUGUUCAAGAUAAGCGAAGGACCUGCUCCUUUGAGAAGAGCACUAAUGAAAGGAAGGAGACUGGUGCAGAAACACGAAUUGCCUUUUGACAUCAGGACUUUCUACCCGACCAAUCAGGCUAGAGAUGCUGUGGAACAGAUAUGCGAAAUUCUAAGAGAUGCCGCUCUUGAUCAAGAUCAUCCAUUGGAAAGAAGAUACUCUCAGUCAUCCAGCACUUAUUGUAUUGAGACCGGGGUACCACAGGACACAGUCGACAAAGACAGGGAGCAUUUGUGCAAUAUGCUUUCGUUCAUUCUGAAAGGGGAAGAGUGCAAAAGUGCAGAUAGCGCUGAGCUCCUGAACUGGAAGGAUGCAAAACACAGGCACAAGGAAGUGAUUAAGCACCUGCAAGUCAGUGACAACCUCAUUCGGCCUGGAAAGAAACGGGGUCAAGGUGGUGAGGGGCAUGUGUAUGAAGCAGAAUAUCAGCAUGGGCCAGUGGCUGUCAAAAAGCCAACAGUGUCAGUCGAUAAACUGCCCAUUGAGGAUAUGGCAGAGUUCAUGAAAGAGGCUUACUGGCUUGCGUCCCUGAACGACCUGCACAUUGUUAAAUUGUAUGCAAUCACGGUGUCUGGAUGGAUCAUCAUGGAAUUGGCUGACAAAGACUUGCAUCAGUCUGCCAGGAUGAGAAGUUGA